CAAACUGAUAUUCUCUCAGGUGAGGAUAGAAACAUCGAGCGGCCUUGUCAAGUCUUCGACACAUACUGUAUCAGAAAAUACUUCGCUGAGAACUCCCAAUGCAAGGAAUCCCAAGGCCCAGUACCUGACCCAAUGUACAGAGCUCAGUCCACGACGUUUCUCCCAAGACUUAACCUCACAAUGACAGCAGAUGAUGUCCUAUACAGUGGCCUUAAUGGAAGGAUCGAGGAAUUCUACAUCAACAGAGAAUCUGAUAAAUUGGUUCUGGCUAUCGAGUUCCGUAACUUAACUUUCUAUGCGAGAGACGUUUACUUCCGGUACCAUCGACGCGCAAGAGAGCCCAUUGUCAACGUGGACUAUGUCUACAUUAAUUACCGUUCAGUGGUGUCUACAGUUGUUAUUCCUAAUAGGAAGGACCUUCAGCUGCAAAAGAGUGAAAUCACAUCGUACCUCAAUGAAAUCCCAGCCUUUAGCAUUGGAAGAAACGCAUUCGAGAGCCCAGAUCCACAGGUUCAGCUAGCUAAGGUUCUAAUUCAAACCGACGUCUUAACAGAUGUGCUAGAGACACAACUAACUGAAAGCGCGUACUACGCCUCCACCUUCAUACAAUACAGCCUCUGUGAUUUUAGUCUUAAAGUGUUGUAA